UAUUUGCUUGUUUAUGAAAGCAAUGAGUGGUAGAUUGGGUGAAUAUCCACAUGAUUUAUCUAGCCGUAAUAGAUACUAAAAUCUAUAGAAAAUAAUGAGAAAAUAAUUUACAGAUGUGCAGAAUGAGAAAAUAAGUAUCCUCAAUUUAUAAGUGUGGAAAUUAUAGAUAAAGAUUCUAUUGAUAGUAAAUGUAUAACUACCAUCAACGAAUAAACCGUUAAUGAGUUCAAUACUCUAAUAUGCGGAAAAGGGAAAGUAUGUUCUCUCCUCAACAAUGCUUUCACCAUUGGUUUCUUGGAUUCUGUCGCCCUCAUCCUCUUCCUCCUCCUCAUCAGAAGAAGAAAACAUUGACAUUAACAAUGACGAAUCAGACCAUGAAAACUUUCAAAACGACCACCAAAUGGACAAUGUGGAUGAUGAAGACAAAGACCGUUUUCUAAGUCCAUAUGAUGUUGAUGGGACCAUUUCUGAUGCCUCCCCCGCUGUGACGCUGGCCUUGCCCGCCUCCACAGAUGACACAAACACCGUCUCCACGGCUGAUGACACCACUAUAGAAACACGCUCCAAACCGCAACGCAACUACAAGUAUUCUGGAGGCCUUAGACAAUAUCAGAGGCUAUGGACCAAACAGGACGAGAUGGAAUUGUUAAAAGGAUAUUUUGAUUACAUUAAGCAGCAAGGAAGAACAAACACCACUCUUCAGAGCGAUGUAGCUUCCUUCUAUAAUCACAUUAUGCAUAAAUUCAGUGCAGAUUUCAAUAGGAACCAGCUUGUUGAGAAACUGCGUAGGUUGAAGAGAAAACACAAGAUGGCUUUGGACAAAGGAAAAGAGGUUCAUGUCUCUUUUAAGAUCCCCCAUGAUCAAGCCAUUUUCGAUAUUUCGCACAAGAUUUGGGGCAAUGACACAUACCAUGAUGUUUUGGAUGUUGAUGAAUCUAAACCUGUUUCAGAAAGUCUUGAUCUUAUUGACAAUGUUAAGAUGAAGAAUGAACAUGUUGACAAUUGUGAUGAAACAGACAAAAGGGAGCACAAGCGUGUGAGGUUAACAACAGAUGACGUGAACACAGAAAAUGACAACAAUGAUGAUGCUACUAGUAUACAGGGCUUCAUUGAGGAAACCAUGAAGUCCUGUUUCUCACCAUUGCUGAAGGAAUUGUUGGAUGAUGCUCCGGAAGAGCCACUCGGCGAGUUGCCGUCCAGUGGGGAAGUAAGGGAUGAGCAAUGGUUAAAACGGAAGAUUUUGGAGCUGGAGGUGUAUUCGAAUCGGUUGGAGUUGUUGCAGGGACAAAUUAAGGCUAGGUUGGAGGAGUUGAGGUCUGGCUUAGGUUGAAUGAGGUUUUACUCUUCUUUGAUGUGCACAAGCAGCUUGUGAUUUCUUCAAUACAUA